GACUCUUUAGUCGAUUUGAAAGGCGAGAAACAUAAUGAUUUUUGGUGACAUUCUUCAGUGUUGGAAGUGGUGGAUUCUAUAAAAAGGCUCUCUUGGGAGUGACUCUUGGCAAAGAAAUUGGGAUAUCCUUGUAUGUUCUAUGACGGGUUUUCACUCCCAAUGAUUGAUUGUUUGCUUAGAUAAAUUUGCUAUUUUAUUGUUAGGUGUUACUACUCGUACUUUAUUUUUGUUGGGGAAUUUAGUACUACUUAUACUUUGUUUCAUCUUAUUAUUCAAUAAAUUAAUUUUGUAGUUCAUAAAAAAAGUCCUAGACAAAUAUGAGUAAUUGAUUUAAAUCCACUAUAGCAAUCAAUAACAUAAACUAAUUGAUGAACGACUAAAAUCAAUAUAGAUGAGAGAAAUGACAAAAGAGGAUCUAGACGGUGUAAAAUGUCAACCAUUUUUCCAGAGCAAUUACUUACUGCAUGACACAAUAACAAUGAUAAAUCUAAAUUCCAAUUACAGCUUUAAAAUUCAAAAUAUUAGUUUACUACUAAAAAAUUAGUAUUGACUUGACUUGUCAGAAAUAGAAAAACCGCCUCAUUGUAUUUUCUCUCCAACCUCUUUUUUAACCUUUACAACCUUUCUUUCAUCAAGAUACUAUAAGUUGUUCUUUUCUCACAGCUGUAGUAACUCACAACAACCUCUGUUCCCUCCCUCCCUCCCUCCCUUUCUCUCCCUUCAUCUUCCUAAUCCCACAACACACACACUUUCUCUCUUUUCCUUUCUAUUCUUCAAUUCCAUGAAUAUUAUUAUAGCUACCGCUUAAGUCCCGAGUCACAUCACAGUAACACUAUGGCUUAUCACAACCAAGACCACCCACUCCAUCAUUUCACAGACCAACAACAACAACAACCAACCUCCGAUCCUCACAACUCUUUCCAAACAGCACCUAAUUGGCUCAACAACGCUCUUCUUCGAAACCUCGAAACCAACGUCAACGCUACAACAACAACCGCAACAAACAACAGUACCAAUUUCCUCAACCUUGACACAACCGGCGCUGCUGCUGCUGGCUCCCAAUCCUCCGGUCAAUGGUUAUCCCGUCCGAUCCUACACCGUAAUCAAAGCGAAGUCAUCGAUAACAUCGCUGGAGAUGGACUAAAGACAACGGAAAGCGGCGAAACAGCGGCGGAGGAAGGAGUUAUGAACUGGCAGAAAGCGAAAUACAAAGGUGAAAUAAUGGCUCAUCCGCUUUACGAACAACUUCUAUCAGCACACGUGGCGUGUUUGAGAAUCGCCACGCCUGUUGACCAGUUGCCGAGAAUCGACGCUCAGCUGGCAGAGUCACAGAGUGUUGUUGCCAAGUACUCUGCCUUUGGACAGGGCAUGCUUGAUGAUGAUAACAAACAACUCGACCAUUUCAUGUCGCACUAUGUUUUGUUGCUUUGUUCGUUCAAAGAACAGCUUCAACAACAUGUCCGGGUCCAUGCAAUGGAAGCAGUAAUGGCUUGUUGGGAGAUUGAACAGUCUUUACAAAGUCUAACAGGAGUUUCACCCGGGGAAGGUACAGGAGCAACAAUGUCCGAGGACGAAGAUGAGCAAGUGGACAGCGAUGUUAAUCUGUUUGAUGGUGGUAUGGAUGGUUCAGAUAACAGCAUGGGAGGAUUUGGUCCUCUUGUUCUAACAGAGAAUGAGAGGUCCCUCAUGGAACGUGUAAGACAUGAAUUAAAGCAUGAAUUGAAACAGGGUUAUAAAGAGAAAAUUGUGGACAUAAGAGAGGAAAUUUUACGCAAGAGACGAGCUGGGAAACUUCCUGGCGAUACAACUUCAGUCCUUAAAGAUUGGUGGCAAUCACAUUCAAAGUGGCCUUACCCUACAGAGGAGGAUAAGGCAAGGUUGGUGCAAGAAACAGGUUUGCAAUUGAAACAGAUAAAUAAUUGGUUUAUCAAUCAAAGGAAGAGAAACUGGCACAGCAAUCCUUCAACUUCUAAUGUCUUGAAGAGCAAGCGCAAGAGUAAUGCAGGUGAUUAAAGUGCUGGUAGUUAGUACAUGUAAAUGGUGGCAAACCUGAGAACCAAUCCCUCAUGAUGGCAGCAGAUCCAACAAAGUAAAUGAUAGGUGAAAAAAGAAUCACAUUUUGCUUCUGAUUAAAGAACAGAGUUGAAAACAGAGAUGAGGAAGCUUUGAAGGCCUGCCCGCAGCAGCAGCAGCACCUAGGAUGCAACAAAAAGUUUAAAUAUAUAUUUAUCUCUAGAAAUAAGAUGUUUCUUAAAGUACUGUAGUUCUUAAUUUUAUUUAUUAAUCUAUAUAACAAAUUGAAUUA